AUGUUGCUCCCACGAUUACAACCGCCGUUACGGACGGCGCUCACUUCAAUCUCGCGGGCUGUGGCUGGAGGACCACAGACGACCUGUCUCAAUGAGGCGUUCGCGCAGCUGGCAAUCCGGACGCGGGGUGGGAGGAUGGACGGUAUGAGAUGGGCACAUCAUAAAGCGCAAGGAACUGUCAACAAGGCGAAGGAUGGGCCGGGCAAGAGGCUGGGUGCUAAGAAAUCCGGAGAGCAAUAUGUUAUUCCAGGGAACAUCAUCUUCCGCCAACGCGGCACGCACUGGUUUCCCGGCGAUAACUGCGCCAUGGGCCGCGAUCACACAAUCUACGCCACUCACCACGGCUACGUAAAGUACUAUAAAGACCCCGAGAAGCACCCCAAGCGCCAGUACAUCGGUGUCGUGUUCGAGCGCGACCAGGUCCUGCCCUUACCGAGGAACAGCAUACGAAGACGGCGCAUGAAUAUGACUGCCCAAAAGAUGGAGACGCCCCCGCCUAUCCUGCCCCAAGUAAGAGCUAUCAGCACGGAUCUGGCGACUGAGGCAGAUGGUAGCACGGGUGUGCCGAUGGCUGUGAAGACGAAGAAGCUGAAGGAGAGGAAGGGCGAGGAAGGCAGGGAGCUGAAGCUUAGGCCGGGAUACAUGUACCGAGAGGCCAAUUGGGAGAUUGGGAGGGCGGCGGAGAGGGCGAAGGUUAGGGUGAAGGAGUUUGUGCCGAGGAAUCGGUGGUUGGCAUGGAGGAAGGCGAACGUAAGAAAGGCGAGGAAUGCAGAAAAGAGGAGUCUGAGGAGAAAAAUUCGGUAA